UUCUGUCAGUCUCCGGCAUCAGACUUUUCUCGUCAUUUUUACUUUCCUUAAACACUGUGAUGGGUUACAUGGGUAUUACGUGGGUGUUGGAAUUUCUGGUUGACUUGGCUUGUCCUUGAUUAGGUGCUGAAUUCUAUAAUUGUUGUUUUUAGAAUUGGCUUGCUUUUGUUGGAUUAGGUGGGGAUUUCGAGGAUGGGUAAAAAAAUAAAAUAAAAUUAUGAUGUUUAAUCGGCAUUUUUGCCGAAGAAUGUAUUUGGGUGUUGCAGGGAUUUUGGAUAAAACUGUUUGGGGAUUCGUUAAUUUCAAUCGAGGAGUAAACGGCAUUCAAUCCAGGGUUAGGGAUACUAGAAUGAGGCUUGUGGGACUCACAGGUGGAAUCUCAUCGGGGAAGAGCACUGUCUCCAAUCUUUUCAAGUCUCAUGGCAUUCCCGUCGUCGAUGCCGAUCUCGUUGCACGCAAUGUAGUAAAGAAGGGCACUGGUGGCUGGAAAAAAGUUGUUGCAACAUUUGGAGAUGAAAUUUUACAAUCUGAUGGAGAAGUAGAUAGGGCUAGACUGGGCCAAAUUGUAUUCUCUGAUCCAGGGAAACGCCAAGUACUUAAUAAGCUUCUGGCUCCAUAUAUAUCUUCUGGUAUAUUUUGGGAAAUUUUUAAGUUAUGGAUAAAGGGGUUUAAGGUUAUUGUUCUUGAUAUCCCUUUGUUAUUCGAGGCGAAGAUGGAUAGAUGGACAAAACCUAUUAUAGUUGUGUGGGUUGAUCCUGUAACACAGCUACAGCGACUCAUGGCAAGAGAUGGUACAAGUGAGGAAGAUGCUCACGACAGGAUUAAUGCCCAGAUGUCAUUGGAUUUGAAAAGGAGUCGGGCAGACAUAGUGAUUGAUAACACUGGAUCACUAGACGACUUGAAAGAACAUUUCCGGGAAGUCUUAUUUGAGGUCACGAGACCCUUGACUUGGACUGAAUUUGGGCUUUCUAGACAAGGAGCCUUGUUUAUUCUUGGUUCUGUCAUUGUAGGUGUCAUUGUAUGCAAAAAGCAACAGUUAAGAACGGAUGGUUAGCAAGGGAAAGGAAAAAAAGUUAUUUUUCAUGGGUUAAAUUUACUUGACUAUUGUUUACAUAUUGAGAAAAUAAUAACUUUUAAGUAGUAAGUGAAGUGAAACUGUCUUGCCUUCGGUAUUUGUGAUACGAGGCACAGCCUUGUGAUGUUUGAUCAUUGCUUAUAUUGAGCAUACUCUAGACAUAAUUUCUACUGAAAGUGUUUGGACUCCAUAGAUUUUGCAGGCU